AUGGGAGAUCGAAGUAACGGUGACGUUCUGAUGCUGGAGGCUCCACCGUCUUACGGUAGCAGGUCAAGCAAUUCCGACGCCGAAAUCAUCGACGCACUGCCUUACAUCGACGACGACUACAACAACCCUAGGGUCAAAUUCGAAGUCGACCGUCUCGUCGAAGAAGAGAUGCGCCGGAGCUCCAAGAAACCCGCUGAUUUCCUCAAAGAUUUCCCACCUCUUCCCACUUUCAAUUUUCAGGAGUAUCCAAUGAUUGGUAGAGAGUAUGAGCGUGUGAGAGCUGGUAGGCCUCCAAUUUCACUUGAUAGGUCCAGAUAUGAGUUGGAACUGCCACCGAUCAAUAAAAGGAACGAUGAAACUGCUUGGAAACUAGCUCUUCAAAAAGCUCAGCGACUACUUCAAUAUCAGACAAUGAGGAUGGAAAAUUUGGAUUUGUUGUUGAAAUAUGGUCCUGAUGCCUGGAAACAGCACAACCUGCGAUUGGAAGUAUACUUGUCAAGAAUGCAGAAAUUAGCUCAGGAACAAAAUGAUAAGAUUGAAAAAGUCAACCGUGAAGGAGAUCAAGCUUUGAUGACGAAGUGGAUUGUGAAGGAGAUCGGAACGAGAAGGAAGAAAGAGAUCCGGCGGCGGCCAUGGCACCAGCGUUCCAAGGGUUCCUUUUUCGCUACAGCUUUGCGUUUCAUUUCUUGGGUCUGGGUCUUCCAACGACCCGGCCCAUUUCCCUUAAACCCAAGCUCAUUUUCUUUUUUAACUUAA